AUGGUUAUCAAUGCAGGUGCAAAGCUUUCCAUAGCUCGGUUGAUCAGACCAACGGCCUCCUAUCACCCCGCAAUUGGUGGUAUUCGAUACUAUUCUGCACCACCAGAGAGCACAAUACCGGCCGCAAAGCUAAAAUACAUUCCCACGAGUGGCACAUACCCUCAAGGAUUUCUAGUUUCUGGAACCUACGUAGGAGUUAAACCAACCAACAAAUCUACACCAGAUCUUGCUUUUCUUGCUUCGGAAAUACCAUGUGCGGCUGCAGCAGUGUUCACGAAGAACAAGUUCCAAGCGGCUCCUGUCACGGUUAGCAGGAAGAUGCUACAGAGGAGGGAAAAUGCUGGAAUCCGUUCAGUCAUUAUCAAUUCGGGCUGUGCAAAUGCUGUGACCGGGAAGGGUGGAAUGGAAGAUGCUGAGAAGAUGGUAGCUGAAGCUGAUAGAUGUUAUCAUGCACCAAAGGAUGGCAAAGGGGGGAGUUCAAUAGUCAUGAGCACUGGUGUAAUUGGUCAAAGAAUGGCUGGUAUGACAAAGGGUGCCGGAAUGAUUCACCCGAAUAUGGCGACUUUGUUAGGAAUGAUUGCAACAGAUGCACCAAUUGCACCGGCGUUACUGCCAUCUUUGCUUAAAAAUGCUGUUGACAAGUCAUUUAACAGUAUCUCCAUUGAUGGCGAUACUUCUACGAACGAUACCGUUGCCGUUUUGGCAAACGGAGUAGCAGGGGGCAAGGAAGUCACUUCUGAAUCAUCCAAAGAUCAUGCUGCAUUCCAAAAGGUUCUUACCGAGUUUGCUAUUGAUCUUGCUAAGCUUGUCGUUCGUGAUGGUGAAGGUGCAACUAAGUUCGUCACUAUCCGUGUAACAGAAGCCCCGUCAGAGAUUGGAGCACGCAAAAUUGCUAGCACGAUUGCAAGAUCUCCACUAGUGAAGACGGCAUUGUAUGGUAAAGAUGCAAACUGGGGCCGUAUACUAUGUGCUACUGGCUAUUCCCAGAUCUCGGAACCAGGCGAGCCGAUAAAUAAGGUUCCAGAAAUCGUCCCUGAGAAGACUAGUGUCUCAUUCAUUCCCUCAGAUGGCUCACCAGAGCUUAAACUUUUAGUUAACGGAGAGCCAGAAUCAGUGGACGAGACUCGUGCUGCCGAGAUCUUGGAGCAUGAGGAUCUAGAAAUCCUGAUAAACCUCGGAGGUGGAAAAGAAGAAGCCGUGUACUGGACUUGUGAUUUCAGCCAUGAAUACGUCACAAUUAACGGAGACUACAGGACAUAA